AAGCCAGCCUCUCCAACUUGACCUUGCUUCCAUCACUGCACAUCUGGCUUCGAAACAACAUCUCUAAUCCCAACUUUCCCACUACUGCAUGUUUCAAGAGUCUCACGACAGGCGGAUAUAGUUGAUCAUCAGGAUUACUGAUUUCCUGGCAGUCAAAGCAUCCCCAAGAAGCCUUUUUUACCCCACCACCCUGCAAAUUGAGUAUCAAGUAGUGUCUUGGCCAGUCAGAAUGGACGGAAAGCGGCAUCCGAGCUCUUUCCAACAGCUCGAGAAGCUCGGCGAGGGAACCUAUGCGACAGUCUUCAAAGGUCGUAACAGACAAACCGGCGAGCUGGUUGCGCUAAAAGAAAUUCACCUUGACUCCGAGGAAGGCACUCCUUCUACCGCCAUCCGAGAGAUAUCCCUUAUGAAGGAGCUCAAACACGAGAACAUUGUCGCCCUCCACGAUGUUAUUCACACCGAGAACAAACUCAUGCUCGUUUUUGAGUUUCUAGAUGGCGAUCUGAAGAAGUACAUGGACACGAAUGGCGACAGGGGUGCUCUGAAACCAGCACAGAUUAAAUCCUUCAUGUAUCAGCUGCUUCGAGGCAUCGACUUCUGCCAUCAAAAUAGGGUUUUGCAUCGCGAUCUCAAGCCACAGAACUUGCUUAUCAACAGCAAGGGCCAGCUGAAGCUUGGUGAUUUUGGCUUGGCUCGAGCUUUCGGCAUUCCAGUGAACACCUUUUCGAACGAGGUUGUCACCCUGUGGUACAGGGCACCCGAUGUUCUCCUCGGCAGUCGUACCUACAACACAAGUAUAGACAUAUGGUCAGCAGGUUGUAUCAUGGCGGAGAUGUACACUGGUCGGCCACUAUUCCCUGGCACCACGAACGAAGAUCAACUCACAAGGAUCUUCCGCAUCAUGGGAACGCCGACAGAACGGACCUGGACCGGAAUCACCCAGCUUCCUGAGUACAAGCCAACGUUUAGUCUAUACGCCACACAAGACCUUCGCCAGAUCCUUCCACAAAUUGACCCCACUGGCAUCGAUCUCCUUCAACGCAUGCUGCAGCUGCGCCCAGAGUUGCGCAUCAGUGCAAACGAGGCACUCAAGCACCCCUGGUUUAAUGACAUUAUUAUGCAGCAGCAUCAGCAGCAGCAAGCCCUACAAGCCCAGGCUCGAGCUUAUACCCCUGCGCAGGGCUCUUACGAGGGCUACUAGCCAACUGCCCCUGCGAAGCCUAGAGCAUGACGAUCAGGCGUCAAGUAUCUCGUCUCAAACUGUCUUAUAUUACACUCCGUAACGCUCCUGCCGCGGAAGCCGGCGCAAUUAUCUCUUUCGAACCCUAGGCGGUGGCCUUUGCCAAUUCGGUUCCCCUGGUCCCAGGAGCGGAUUUAAAGAGUACUCAUUCCUUGUGGACGAAACUGCCGUCCACUGGACUUCGAAAUGCCAUCUUCGUGGGCUCACGUAUCCAGGUCUCGGCUCGCGCGAAGGACGGGUCGUCUUCCGGAUACCCUGACGAGGUUCUCAGGCGCGCCACCUGGCUUCUCACCAGUUCAGCCACCUUCUUUCUCAAGUAUAUGGCUUCUUCCAGCCCCUCAAGAGCUUCCGGAGCGAGAGGUUUACCGGAGUCCCCAAUACGAACUUGGUGCUCCUCCACCAGAUGUCUCCACCUCUUACGAAACUCGCCAAAAACUUGAUCCACAUCUACUGCAUCACCAAACACAACCCUUACUUUUCGCCCAACCCGCGGAAGCCAGCGCGGUUUUCCUCUGUUCUCAUGCAUGAUGAGAUGAUGCCCGUCAAUGAACAUGGGCACAAAUUUUGGCGCAGGGUUGCUCUCGAGGAUCAAGCGAGAAACGCCCCAUUUGAAGUAUCGGAGUGAGAGUUCCGGGUGCUGGUGGACGCAUGCUUCUGGGAAUAUAUGCACCCAGGCGUUGCGUUCUUCAUCAUAGGCCGAGGGGGCAGGAAACACGUCACCCGCUUUGGUGGUGAAAGUAGGUCCCGAAGCGCCGGACGGCGGGCUUGUUGCUUCUCCAGAGAGCACGCGAACGGCCUCGUUCAUGGUCGGCUGAAACAGGCCCCCAUGAGGCGAAUAUAGUAGUCGAUGGGUUGGUAGAACCUGGCCGAGGCUAAAAAAAGUUGACAUGAACUUGCUGUAUAUUCGUAAGCGCUGUUCGUCGUUGUCGAGGUAUGUCGUGGUCGCACUGACUUCUUGAAACAUAUAUCGUGAGCUCCGAGCCCCCAACGAAGAUUUCGAGGCUUGAAAGCAUACUUCAGUGGUAACACUCCCCACGUGACUGGGUCAUCUAGCCUAGGGGGGUUGGUUAGGAAGAAGUGUCCAUGUAUAGGACAUGCAUAGCCUUACACGCUGAUAUGGUUUGAGACUGUU